UCGUGCGGACGCGGUAAAAGGGGACGUUCGUUUCUUGUCGCCGCCCUUCCUGCCCAUAUAUGGGCCGUGUGGCGGUUUUGGCGAGCGGCUACAUCCACCCGGCGAAAAGUGAGCACGAGACGUUGGUGUGCUCCAGACGACUGUAAUUCAUUAUCUAGCUUUGUACAACCAUGCCAUCCGACUUGGCCAAGAAAAAGGCAGCAAAGAAGAAGGAGGCUGCCAAGGCCCGCCAGCGCAGCAAGAAACCUGAUGAGGUAAACGAGGAGACUGAACAGGAGACCCAGCAAAAUGGAGCUGGCAGCAAUGGUGUUGAUAGUUUGACAAAGGAACUUGAUGAGUUUGAGCUUGCGAAGACGGAGGCACGAGCUGUGACGGGCGUUCUUGCCUCGCACCCCAACAGUACUGAUGUCCACAUUAGCAGCCUGUCUCUUACCUUCCAUGGUCAGGAGCUGCUAGCAGACACUAGUCUGGAGCUCAACUCUGGCAGACGCUAUGGUCUCAUUGGCCUUAAUGGCACAGGUAAAUCUAUGCUGCUGUCAGCUAUUGGGCAUCGCGAGAUUCCCAUUCCAGAGCACAUAGAUAUUUACCACUUGACCCGGGAGAUGGCCCCCAGUGAGAAGACGGCUCUGCAGUGUGUCAUGGAGGUUGAUGAACAGAGAAUUAUGCUGGAGAAAGAAGCAGAGAGGCUUGCUCAUGAGGACUCUGAGUGUGAGAAGUUGAUGGAGCUGUAUGAACGCCUGGAGGAGCUUGAUGCAGACAAGGCAGAGAUGCGAGCCUCUCGGAUCCUUAACGGUUUGGGUUUUACCUCUGCUAUGCAGCAGAAGAAACUGAAGGACUUCAGUGGAGGAUGGAGGAUGCGUGUGGCUCUCGCAAGAGCCCUGUUUAUCAAGCCCUUCAUGUUGUUGCUAGAUGAACCCACAAACCACUUGGACCUUGAUGCUUGUGUAUGGCUGGAAGAGGAGCUCAAGUCGUUCAAGCGAAUUCUUGUACUCAUCUCACAUUCUCAAGACUUCCUAAAUGGUGUGUGCACAAACAUCAUCCACCUCCAUCAGAGAAAACUGAAGUACUACACGGGCAACUAUGACCAGUAUGUGAAGACCAGAGAGGAGCUGGAAGAGAACCAGAUGAAGCGUUUCAACUGGGAACAGGACCAGAUAGCACACAUGAAGAAUUACAUAGCCAGAUUUGGUCAUGGCUCAGCAAAACUGGCACGACAGGCCCAGAGCAAAGAGAAGACACUGCAGAAGAUGGUGGCAUCAGGCUUGACUGAAAAAGUUGUGAAUGACAAGACUCUGUCAUUUUAUUUUCCUCCCUGUGGGAAGAUUCCUCCUCCUGUUAUCAUGGUUCAGAAUGUGAGCUUCAAGUACAGUGACAACACGCCACACAUAUAUAAAAAUCUGGAAUUUGGUAUUGACUUGGAUACACGAGUGGCUCUGGUGGGUCCUAAUGGAGCCGGGAAGUCUACGCUGCUGAAGCUGUUGAUGGGAGAGCUCCUACCCACCGAUGGCAUGAUCCGCAAACAUUCUCAUGUCAAGAUUGGCAGGUAUCACCAGCAUCUUACAGAACAACUGGAGCUGGACCUGUCUCCUUUGGAGUACAUGAUGAAAUGUUUCCCUGAAAUCAAAGAAAAGGAGGAGAUGAGGAAGAUUAUUGGUCGCUACGGUUUGACGGGAAAACAACAGGUCAGUCCAAUCAGAAACCUAUCAGAUGGCCAGAAAUGCAGAGUAUGUUUUGCUUGGCUGGCCUGGCAGAACCCUCACAUGUUGUUCCUUGAUGAGCCCACCAAUCACCUGGAUAUCGAAACUAUUGAUGCACUGGCUGAUGCAGUAAACGAGUUUGAAGGUGGCAUGAUGCUGGUUAGCCAUGACUUUAGGCUAAUUCAACAGGUGGCUCAAGAGAUCUGGGUGUGUGAGAAUCAAACCAUCACAAAGUGGAAUAGGGACAUCCUGGCAUAUAAGGAGCACUUAAAAUCAAAAAUUGAAAAGCAGCAAGCGCAUGAUAUCUAAAACAUCACCCACUCCUUUAUCUUGCAUCAUGGAUUUGAUCUGAUGACUCCUGAAAACAUGAGCAGUAUUUGCAACGCAGGAAAUAUCUAGAACACAAACGAUCUCUUAUGCAUCUUAUUGGACUCGUCUCUUGUACACGUAUUUUCAUUUUCGUUCGACAAUGCUGAACUCAACUUAGUUCCAUCCACCCUGCACUUGGCUGGUUCACCUCAAAAGCAUCUCGGUGCAUUUUGGAAUGCAUUCCAUUGUGCAGUUUUCUUUCUUUUUUUUUUCAUUUCUCAGAUUAUCAGAUUAUUCAGCUUUUAUGUCAUUUUAUGAUAUUUAAUAGGUGACAUCUUUUCUGUGAGCAUUUCUGCCUUAUUCAACAAUGUAAUGCAAUAAAGGUUUGUCUGAAGAAAUGGAACAA